ACAGUGGGUGGGACUUGAGAGCAGCUGUUUGUUAUAAGGGUGGGUGUAGGGUUGUACAGUCUGUACAGAGUACAUUGUCUUCACGACAGCUUUCUUCACCUCCAGUUUGGAAACCCAUACUCUCCUACAAUGGCAGCGAUCGGAAACCGUGGUGCAGUGACUGAGGCGGCUGGUUUUGACGCAGAAGCGGAUGUCCAGAGGCUGAGAGGAGCCAUGAAGGGAGCUGGCACUGAUGAGGCAGCUGUCAUCGAUGUACUAUCACACCGUACAAUUGCCCAGAGGCAGCGCAUCAAAGAGGCCUACAAACAAGCAGUGGGCAAGGAUCUUGCAGAUGAUCUGUCCUCGGAGCUGAGUGGGAACUUCAGGAGCGUCGUUCUUGGUCUGCUGAUGCUGGCCCCUGUCUACGAUGCUCAUGAGCUGAGAAGCGCAAUAAAGGGGGCUGGAACAGAGGAGGCUUGCCUCAUCGAUAUUCUCGCUUCAAGGUCAAACGCUGAAAUAAAUACCAUCAAUGCUUUCUACAAGAAAGAACAUGGUAAGAGCCUGGAAGACGAUGUGUGUGGAGACACAUCUGGAAUGUUUCAGAGAGUUUUGGUCUCUUUACUCACGGCUGGACGGGAUGAAAGCGACAAUGUGGACGAGGCCCAGGCUAUGCAAGACGCCAAGGAAAUCUAUGAGGCUGGCGAGGCUCGAUGGGGCACAGAUGAGGUUAAAUUCCUCACUGUGCUUUGUGUGAGGAACAGAAAGCAUCUGUUACGAGUGUUCGAUGAGUAUCAGAAGAUUUCUGGAAGAGACAUUGAGGACAGCAUUAAGCGGGAGAUGUCUGGUUGUCUGGAGGACGUCUUCCUGGCCAUAGUGAAAUGCUUGAGGAACAAGCCAGCGUUCUUUGCAGAACGAUUAUACAAAUCAAUGAAGGGGCUGGGAACCACAGACAGUGUCCUCAUCAGAAUUAUGGUUUCCAGGGCUGAGAUUGACAUGCUGGACAUCAAGGCGCAGUUCCUGAAGAUGUAUGGCAAGACUCUCUACUCCUUCAUCAAGGGAGACACAUCUGGUGACUACCGCAAAAUCCUGCUGGAGCUGUGCGGAGGAGAAUAACAGAAAGAUCAGAUGAAUAUCCACCUCUUGAUUCUGCAAACCAUGUUAUUAUCUUUCCUCUUUUGAUGACUAUAUUGUCCUGCAUUGUACCUUUUUUUUCUUCCAUGGCCUUAACAUUUCACUGAUUGACCCUAGUGUCUUGUUUUACUGUCUGUAAUGCCAAUUAAACCAAAGACCAACGACCUUUUA